AUGCUUCAACAGGUGAUGAACCAAGUGUCAAAAGAUAUUCUAGUAAAUCAACAACUAGAAGGCGUAUUAUUGAGUUUCAAAGAUUUGUGGGUGGGAGAUGAUUUAGGACGAACCAAGUUAGUUCAGCAUGCUAUUAAUCUAGAGGUGAAUAAGCCCAUUGCAAGCAGAUGCCGUCGUUAUUCAGAAGAACAGAAAUUAAUUAUUGAGAAAGAAGUUCGAGAGAUGCUUCCGAAAGACGUAAUUCGGGAAAGUCAAAAUUAUCGACCACUCAAUAAAAUCACCACGAAAGACGAGUUCCCUAUUCCUAGGAUAGAUGAUCUACUUAGAGCUGUCAAAGGCUCACGUUACUUUAUCGCCCUAGAUUUACGAGCUGGAUACUGGCAGGUUACAAUGAAGGCGGAUGAUAUCCCAAAAACGGCGUUUCGAACCCCUUCUGGUUUAUAUGAAUUUACUGUGGUGCCGUUUGGACUCGUGAAUGCUCCGACAACUUUUCAAAGACUAGUAACUCAUGUCUUCGGCGAUUUAUUUUGGGAGGGCGUUCUCGUUUAUUUAGACGAUAUUCUCAUUCAUGCAUCUACACUUCCACGAAUUAUGGAGUUGCUGCAGGAGGUUUUCAAACGAUUACGUUUCGCUGGUCUAAAACUACGCCUUUCGAAAUGUACUUUCCUACCUUCACAAAUAUAA